AUGAAUCCAGGAGAGAAAACCAUUUUCCAAGAGUAUCUGACAAAUCAGGGGACUGUGGUAAAGCCCUAUUGCUGGCUAAGACAGAACCACAGCUGUGCUAAAUGCCCCUACCACAUACGGACUGGUGAAGCAGCGAGAGUCCCUUACGUGGAAUUUUACAGGGUCUUUGGCUUCCCACGUAAAUCAGCAGAGACUGCCCGAAAUGAACGCCUUCUCUUCUAUGAACUGAGGGGUUUCUCAGGCACAGUAGUUCAAAAAGGCCAUGCUACAAACUGUGCUGAGCAAGACAACCAUCCAGAAUCUCUGCUGUUUGAGGCGGGUGGUUAUCUGGAGGCAGUUACAGCUGCCUAUGAAAACAUCCAAUGCAUCAUCCUCUACUCAAAUUACUCGCCUUGUAACGAGGCUUACCACUGCUGCAUAAGUAAAAUCUACAACUUCUUGAUGAAGUAUCCAGAAAUCAUGCUCUGCAUCUAUUUCUCUCAGCUUUAUCAUACCAAGGACAGUUUCCCCACGGCCGUGUGGAAUCGUGAAGCUUUGCAAAGCCUCUCCAGCCUGUGGCCUCGGGUGACUCUGCAGAGACUGCCUGGGGGGGCAUGGCAUUACCUCCUCUGCAAUUUUGUGUAUGGCACCCCAGGGUCAACCCUUCAUCACCCAACUCCGCCGCCAAGAGCCUUAGCCAAUGAACAAGAUCCAUGUCAAAUUAGCAACUUCACGGGAAUGAAACUUUAUUUUAGCCUUGCAGCGGAGAAGAACUUAAAGGCCUUUUCUUCUCCCAGCCUGGCCUCCCAGCAGCCUUUCCAAGCAAUGAAAGGCAGUCUGCUGCCUCCAGUGUCUCAGAGAUGCCAGGUGCCUUUCCCAGGCAUGAUUCUGCCCUCACAGAGCGAACAUCUAUACCCCAGACCUAAAAAUACUGUAAGGCAUUUAAUGAUGCCAAAAGAAUAA